AUGCGUUUAGACACACUAGUUCUAUUUAUUGCCUUAAUUAUGGGCUUACAAGCAAAAUCUGUAAUAGAUUUAAAUGACAACAGUGAUGACAAUGAAAAAGUUGUUCAUGAGGGUCACUGUCCAAUUCAUAUGUAUCAUUGUCACGUGAUGUGUAUGGGUGAUAUGAGUCAAAGAGGUUGUAAAUUUAACGAUGUAAAUUGUCCAGAUCAUCAAAAAUGUUGUGCUCCAGCAUGUGGAUGUUCACCACAGUGUGUAAAUGCAACGAAAACGGCUAAUCCAUUUCCAGAUAAAGAUUAA